CAAAUAUCAUGGAAUACAUUACUAUCAUUUCUAUAGAGAGUAAUGUUGUGUAUAAUUCUAUAUCUCAAACUGCACAAUUACUAUGAGAUAUCAUCCUGAAAAGGUGGAACUAAGACAACCCCUAUUAUCGCUAACAAAUAGUCGGCGGCUCACCCACUCCCACUGGACGUCAUUUCUUUUUCUAGCAGGAAUCAUGAUAACCCAGUCAUUUCACACCAUUUCAUAAAUUCUCAAAUAUUGGAUAUUUAUUAUUAAAUUGCUAACACGGAACUGCUUAUUUCUUGGAGAAAGCAGCUGUCAGUCACUGAUGGAGAAUUCGACAGGUGGCGCAAGCCCCGUUAUGAAGUGGGACCCAGCCAGACUCAUAUCUCAUGAUCAUGGCUGUGAGGGAUAUGCCUUGCUCACUUUAAAUCAACCUCUUGAUAAUUUGGAUUUGCUCAGAUCACUAUGGGAGAGAGCUGGAUAUCGAAUUGCGGCGGAUGGAGGUGCAAAUAGGCUACAUAAAGUAUUCCACGGCGAUAGCACUUUUGAAAACCUAAUGAAGAGGAUUCCACUUGAAGUGAUCCACGGCGACCUCGACUCCCUGCACCAGACUACUAGAUCGUGGGCUCUCGCCCAUUCCACCGAAGUCGUCCUGGACCCGUCCCAGGACUCUACAGACUUCACAAAGUGUGUUUCAUACAUCUCGAAACACUACCUUCCAAAGUGUGACCCCCCCCCUGACAUCAUCGUACUCGGUGGCUUAGGAGGCCGAGUGGACCAGGGACUGUCUAUCCUGCAUCAUCUGUACAAGGGGCCUCAGAUCUAUCCUCAAGGACGUAUUUACCUAGUGUCCACAUCGGCGAUCACGUUUCUUCUGACUGCUGGAACCCAUCAAAUCAUUGUCAAGAACCCUGAGGCUCGGGUACUAGGGAAGAAUAUUGGCAUUCUACCGGUGGGCGUGUCGGCGAAGAUCACGACGAAGGGACUGAAGUGGGACGUUGAGGAUUGGGAGACGAGUUUUGGGGGGCAGGUGAGCACGAGCAAUAUGGUGCUUGAAGCGGAGGUUACUGUCACGACGAAUGCAGACGUCUUAUUUACGAUUGAUUUGGAUAUGGGCGAGGAAGAAUAGUACGUACACUUUUGGCAUAAAAAAAGGGGGGCGCCUCACGCAAAGAAGUAUGCGAGGAUUUAAAAUAGAC